AUGAGUGAUACUUCUAAACAAAAUGAUAACAAUAUAAAAUAUUCAUAUUCAAUCUUACAAAAAGAAAUCAUUUCAGGUUUAGUGGCAGGUUGCCUCACUUCUACUAUUGUGCAUCCCUUAGAUUUAAUUAAAUUAAGAUUACAAUUAUUGUCAACUGAUUCUUCUAAUGCAGUAUCAAAAUUGAAUAAAUACAAACAUGUUCUUCAAAGUAUUAAAGCGAAUGGACAUUGGACUACUGCAGGUUUAUAUAGAGGUUUGACAAUUAACGUCCUUGGUAAUUCCAUUGCUUGGUCAUUAUAUUUUGGUUCAUAUAGAGCCUUUAAAACAUUAUUAUCGACUUCAAAUCAGGAUACCUUGAAGUUGUCAGGAUCAGAUGAGUCUAAGUUAAUAAACUUGGAUUCAUCAAUGAUGUAUCUUGUCUCAGGUGGUCUUGCUGGUGUUUUCACCUCGGUGGUGACAAACCCAAUUUGGGUUCUUAAGACAAGAAUAAUGUCAACAAAUCAAAAUACUUUCAAUAAAUCUUAUGAUUCGAUACAAGGGACGUUUCGUUCUUUAGUGUCAAAGGAAGGUUAUCGUUCUUUAUUGAAAGGGUUGACACCUUCGAUCUUAGGUGUAUCUCAAGGUGCCCUAUAUUUUAUGAUUUAUGAUACUUUAAAACAAAAUAGAUUGAAAAUUUAUGAUCCAAUACAAAGAUCAAAAGAACAUUUGAAUACAGGAGAUACUAUUCUCAUUACUUCUAUAAGUAAAAUGGUUUCAACUACCACUGUGUACCCAUUACAAUUAUUAAAAUCAAAUCUUCAAAGUGUAAAUAUGAUCCAUGGUAAUUCUUCAACUUGGAAAUUGACUCAAUUGAUAUUGAAAAGGGAAGGGAUACGAGGUCUCUACAAUGGUUUGGCUACAAAUUUAUUUAAAGCUGUGCCCACAACUUGUAUCACGUUUUGCAUAUAUGAAGCAAUGAAAGGUUAUAUAUAA